AUGUCAAGCACAAGUUUAUCUGGAUCUUCGUUGUGUCGCCUAGCAUCUAUAGUGGCUGUUGUUUGUCUCAUCUUUCUCUAUACUUCACCUAUGAUCGGACGCCAACCGCCAUUACCUGCACCUAACAUGACAAAGACAAACUCCUCCUUAUAUCCAAAGGAAGAGAAACCAGUACUUUUGUUAUGGGUCUGGCCUCAAGAUUACAGAUUCGAUCUGAGCGACUGUAAAACUAUUUACAACAUUGACGGCUGUCACUUGACAGAUGAUCGAUCUCUCUACAGCAACACGGAUGCAGUGCUUAUUUUUCACAGGGCUAUUAGUUGGGAUCUGUCCACACUUCCUCCAUCUCCUCGCCCUCCGUUUCAAAAGUGGAUAUGGAUGAAUGUUGAAUCUCCAACUAACACACAGAAAAUACCAGGAAUUGAAAACCUGUUUAAUCUGACUCUCAGUUAUAGAGAAGACUCUGACAUUCCUGUACGGUUACGACUGACCAGCAGAAAGAUCCCAGAUAAGGAUUUUGAAAUUCCCAAAAAAGAAAAACUCAUCUGUUGGGUUGUGAGUAACAAUUUGGAUUGGACAGGCGUCAGCAUCAGAAACGCUUAUUUUCAAGAACUUAGAAAAUACGUCUACAUCCAUCUGUAUGGAAAAGCUUUUGGAACGUUCCUGGAUUAUAAAGACUACUUUCCCACCAUAGCCAGCUGUAAAUUUUAUCUCUCCUUUGAGAACUCCAUUCACAAAGACUACAUCACUGAGAAGUUAAAUGGACCUCUGGCAGUAGGUACUGUACCUGUGGUGCUGGGACCUCCUCGAAAAAACUAUGAAAGGUUUGUACCGGGUGACUCCUUCAUUCAUGUGAACGACUUUCCUGAUGCAAAGUCACUAGCAGAAUAUCUUCAGCGUCUGGACCAGGAUGAUGAAGCAUAUCGCAGGUACUUUAACUGGAGGAGACAUUUCUCAGCUCGACCUCAUUUAAUAUUACAGAACCAAGAGUUUGUUCUGGCUAUUUGUUCGGCCUGUGAUUAUGUAGGAAGACACCAGGAAUAUAAAGAAGCUCACGAUAUCUAUGAAUGGUUUUUCAACUAA